AGCCCUGCCCGGGCCUGUUGGCUUUUUCCUCUCUCUCCUUGGGGAUUGGUUUCCUUUAAUCCUGCCACAAACACAAAUGACCGCUCCCGAACAGCCCGUCAAGAGGGAAGAGAUGGCCGCCAUGGAGGUGGACGGGCAGAGCGAGUAUUUGCAGCACGGCAACAGCAGCGAUGACAGCGAGCAAGGCGGCGGCCAGACGGAGGAAUUGACAUCUGUGCAGUUAUCAGGAGGUCCAAAUAGAUGGGAGGUUCUGACUCCAGCCCAAGCUGCAUUAAAAGAUGAAGCUGGAAAUAUCGUUCAGCUCCCAAGUGGUGCUACAGUAACUUCAAGUGGACAGUAUGUGCUACAGACUCUUCAAAAUCAACAUCUGUUUUCUGUAGCACAGGGGUCAGACACAGCUAAUGGAACACUGUCUAAUGUUCAAUAUCAAGUCAUACCACAGAUUCAGACAUCUGAUGGUCAGCAAGUUCAACUUGGCUUUGCCACGUCUUCUGAUAACGGCGGGUUAGACCAAGAAUCUGGUCAGAUUCAGAUAAUUCCUGGAAACCAUUCUAGCCAUCUAGCUGGUCAACUUCAGCAAAUUCAAGGCGUUACAUAUGGAGGCCAAACACUUGGCUUGCCUGGUAACAUCACCUUUGUUCCCAUUAACAGUGUUGACCUAGAUUCAUUGGGUCUGUCUGGCAGUUCUGAAGCCAUGACGGGCAUUACAGCUGAUGGACACUUGAUAAGUGCAGGGCAAGCCAUAGAUAACUCUGAUACUUCUGAAAGGACUGCAGAGCAAGAGCAUGUUUCUCCUGAUGGUGAUACAAACUCUGAAACAGAUAUGUUUGUGCCAAGUUCUUCGUCAUCUCAGCUUCCUGUUACCAUAGACAGUUCAGGAAUGCUUCAUCAGAGCGCAAAUAGUAUGGGUGACAGUCCAUCUGGGCACCUGCAAACAUCCGAUCUUCAGGGAAACUACAUCCAGAGUACUAUUUCCGAAGAGUCGCAUAAUAUUCAGGGCUCUACGUCGCAACACAUGGUACAGCAGAUCCACCUUCAAGAUACCCAGCAGCAGACCAGUGAAGCCCAACUUGUGCAAAGUAUAGCACAGCAGGCAAUCCAAGCUGUUCAGGCAGGAGGUCAAGGCAUAUCAUCACAAGCUCUGCAAAAUCUUCAGCUUCAGCUUAACCCAGGAACUUUCCUUAUUCAAGCCCAAACAGUGACUCCUUCUGGUCAGAUUGCCUGGCAGACAUUUCAAGUUCAAGGAGUCCAGAACUUGCAAAACUUGCAGAUUCAGAAUUCGUCUCCUCAACAAAUAACUUUGACGCCCGUGCAAACGCUUACACUUGGCCAAGUUGGCGGUCAAGGUACUCCAGUUAGUUUAAGUACUGGUCAGUUGCCAAACCUGCAGACUGUUACAGUUAACUCAGUAGACGGUAUCCAUUUGCAGCACGGGGAUCACUCAGACAGCCCAACAGCUAUACGGAUUAAAGAGGAGGAGCCAGAUCCGGAGGAAUGGCAGCUUACCGGGGAUUCUACAGUUAACACCAAUGAUUUAACCCAUCUGAGAGUACAAGUUGUUGAUGAUGAACUUGACCAAUCAAAUCAAGAGGGGAAAAGGCUAAGAAGAGUAGCAUGUACUUGUCCUAACUGCAAAGAUGGAGCUGGAAGGGGCACCAAUCUUGGAAAGAAAAAACAACACAUCUGUCACAUCCCAGGAUGCGCUAAAGUGUAUGGCAAGACCUCACACCUACGAGCUCACCUUCGUUGGCAUUCGGGAGAGCGUCCUUUUGUCUGUACCUGGAUGUUUUGUGGCAAAAGGUUUACCCGAAGUGAUGAGCUGCAACGACAUAGAAGAACACAUACUGGUGAAAAGAAGUUUGUGUGUCCAGAGUGUUCCAAACGAUUUAUGCGAAGCGAUCACCUUGCCAAACACAUUAAAACCCAUCAGAAUAAGAAAGGCAUGCAUGCCAGCAGCGCCGUACUGGCAUCCAUAGAAGCAAAGCCAGAGGAAACAUUGAUAACUGCCGAAGGUACAACCCUUAUCCUUGCAAACAUUCAGCAGGGAACUGUAUCCGGCCUAGGGACUGUAAAUGCCAGCAACCAAGAUCUCCUUUCCAAUUCCGAGAUUCCCUUACAGCUCGUCACAGUUUCUGGAAAUGAGACAAUUGAGUAAAAUAUCAUACGACGCCUAUUAAUUGUGGUUAUUUUUAUACAGUAGUGGAAGAAAAAGCAAAUCCUUGUUCUUGAGUUCUUAGAUAUCUUUUUAUUGAUGUGCAAACUUUUUUGGAUUGACAGUAACUUGGUUAUACAUGACACUGAAAUGCCUUACUUUGUAUGCUAUUCCAUACGUAUGAUCAAAUGGUAAAAUUGCAUGGCUUUUGUAGGUACUUUUGGAACUCUAGACCUGAUGAAAUUUUACCAUGAUACAUACAAGUAUAAAUAACAUUGACAGAUGGAAAUGGUAGUCUAACCAAAUGCAUCAGUCCUGUGUGGUUUAGUGUAAAAAAAAAAAAAAAAAACUAAGAACAUGUUGGUAUUUAUCUAUUGUAAGAUAACAAAGUUGAUGGGUCACAAAGAAAUUAUGUUAUGACAUUUUGUAAUUUUCUUGAUGACUGGAAUUUUUAUUAUGCAUAACUGACAAAUCACAUCGAGCAGCACUCAUAACCCGGCUCCCUUUUUCGCCAUUCCUCCGCUUACAAGAUAACAACCAAUUUUGUUUUAAUUCGGUGAUCCUGUGUACACAUUUUAAGCAAUUCUCUUGUAAAGAACUAUAAGAAAAAUAAAUUCUACAAGGUUUUAACCUGACAGCAGCCACUGUCGAGACUGUGUUUAAUUAAAAGCCAUGCACAUAAAAUGUAUUUGCCAAAUUCUUCUUAAUGUUUGAGUCAUGAAGGCAAUAUAACCAAUGUUGAAAAAAAACUUUGUAGGUUGAAGCUUUUUUUUUUUUUUUUUCCAAUGGUUUAAAUGCAAUUUAAAAAAAAAAAAGCACCCACUUCUCUUGAACACUGGUGGACCAAAAAUUAGUGAAUAGUUUGUCAUUGAGCACAUCUUUCGAUCUCCGACAUCAAACCCAUCAUUGUAAAUGAAGUAGGCUAGCAUAUGCAAACAUGAUUUCAGUCAGCCAUUUCCAUAGUGAAACAAGGCAUAUAAAUCCUAGUCAUGGGGAAACAGGAAAUUA